AUGGAUUCUCUUACGACCCAUCCUUCAAACGCGCAGCAGGCCGUGGCCUUCACUUCCCCCGCCUCUUUGUCCUUCCCCGGCGGUGCUGGUGACUUGACGCCGCCGUCCUCUGAUAAAGGGAACAUGGUGAUGGGUGCUCAGGGUGUGAAUGGGGCUGUGAACGGUCAGCAGCAGGGAGGUAAUGCCGCGAAUGGCAACGGGGUGACGCCCGCCACUCCAGCUGCGACUCCUAGUGCCAGCGCUCCAGGAAGUGGCAUUGUGCCAACGUUGCAAAACAUUGUCGCUACCGUCAAUCUUGACUGCCGCCUGGACCUGAAGACCAUCGCGCUUCACGCCAGAAAUGCGGAGUACAAUCCAAAGCGUUUCGCUGCCGUGAUCAUGCGUAUUCGUGAACCGAAAACCACCGCAUUGAUCUUCGCCUCCGGAAAAAUGGUCGUCACUGGUGCCAAGUCGGAGGAUGACUCCAAACUGGCCUCCAGAAAAUACGCUCGAAUUAUCCAAAAGCUUGGCUUCAACGCCAAGUUCACGGACUUUAAGAUCCAGAACAUUGUCGGCUCAUGUGACAUCAAGUUCCCCAUUCGUUUGGAGGGUCUGGCUAGUCGCCACCACAAUUUCAGUUCUUACGAACCCGAAUUGUUCCCUGGUCUCAUCUAUCGUAUGAUGAAGCCCAAGAUCGUUCUGUUGAUCUUCGUCAGUGGCAAGAUCGUCUUGACUGGCGCCAAGGUUCGCGAGGAGAUCUACCAAGCUUUCGAGCUGAUCUACCCUGUGCUUUCUGACUUCCGCAAGGUCUAA